CCAGCCCCCGCGCCCGCCCGCCAGCCCUGCGGUCCGGUCCCGGCGCCCGCGCGGAACCAGCUCACUGAGCUGCGCUGGGCGGCGGGUGAGCAGCGAGCGGGCUUCUGCGAGCCCGAGGAGGCGCAGGCCUGUCCCGGGUCCUCGCAGGUCAGUAAGCAGGCGGGCACUGCCAGCGGACCCGGGACAGGGGUGGAGGUCUGCGCGUCCGUUGUUCCCAUCGCUGAGAGGCCUGAAGAGAGGAGCUACCCGCUCAGGAUCCCUGCAGGAAGAGGGGAAAUCUCGACAUGGAAAAGCCCUACCGCGAAAAUGAAGGAAAACUGGAAAACGAGGGAAAGCCAGAAGACGCAGUAGAGCCUGAAGAUGAAGGAAAGUCAGACGAAGAAGAAAAGCCAGACGAGGAGGGGAAGCCAGCAAGGGAGGGCAAGCUAGAGGAUGAGGGAGAGCCAGAUGAGGAGGGACAACCGAAAGAUGGGGGCAAGGCAGAAAAGCAGGGCAAGUCGGAAGGUCAGAGCAAGCCACCAGGUGAGGGCAAGCCAGAAUCCCAGGCAAAGCCAGCCAGCGAGCCUCGGGCCGCCGAAAAGCGCCCGGCUGAAGAUUAUGUGCCCCGGAAAGCAAAAAGAAAAACGGACAGGGGCACCGACGAUUCCCCCAAGGACUCUCAGGAGGACUUACAGGACAGGCAUCUGAGCAGUGAGGAGAUGAUGAGAGAAUGUGCAGAUGUGUCAAGGGCUCAGGAAGAGCUAAGGAAAAAACAACAGAAAAUGGGUAGUUUUCACUGGAUGCAAAGAGAUGCUCAGGAUGCGUUCGCCCCAAGGGGCCAAAGGGGUGUCAGGGGAGUGAGGGGCGGAGGUAGGGGCCAAAGGGGCUUACACGACAUUCCCUACCUUUAAUGCCUUUGGCCAUGGAUUCAGACUUCUCUGAUGAGAAUAUUGCCGGCCCUGCUUUCCCUGGUAGAUACCUGCCAGGCCCUGUGCUUUAACCUUAAGCUGAUAUUUUGCUUUAGGUGUCACUCUUGUUACCAGCAGCCUUUUGACCCAACUACAGCGCUCUUUUAGUACAGGAUUUUCACCCAUGUGCAUGUACAUUGUAUAAUAACAAUAAAAAGUUUGCAAA